UCCAGCAACAUCGUUCCCCUUACCGUCAUUAAAGGCGCCGGCCACGAGUUCAUCCCCCUCCCCAACGGCGAGAACGCAACCACUGCCGAUUUCCACUCUAUCCGCACCAAGACUGAAUCCCCUGCGCACUUCACUUCGGGGUUUUAUAAGAUUGAGGCAGGACCUGAAAGGCCCGCGAGCUAUAAUUUUGAGGAGACGAAAUAUGUCCUCAAUGGUCAAAUCGAUAUUUUGGAUGAGGCUACUGGAAUCACCCACCACCUAGUUCCGGGAGACUUUGCUUUUUUUCAUGUUGGAGCUAAGGUCAAGUUCUCAACUAAGUCACAAGGAUUGGCCUUCUACGCCGUUACUCGACCCAUUCGAUCUCCCCACCCUAACCUUGUAGGUCGAGAGGAAGACAAGGCUAGGUUGUAA